UGAUGCCAUUAAAGAUGUCUAAAAAAAAGUUAAAAAGGGAGAGUAAGGAAUCCUAAGCUUGACAAGACUGAUGCUAUAUAAUUACUUCACAUAAGCAUUUCCCUCUUAAAUGUUGCAGCAUCACUCUCUACGUGGGAACACCACAGAGAAUUCUGGUUAAUUUAAAUAAUGUCUAGUUGCAUUUCCUUUCUUUCAUAGCACCUCUCUUUCUGUCAAUUAAAUUCCUCACUGAUUUCUUUCACCUUUUUAAGAGAAGCCCCACCACUUGUUUGAACCCUCUUUCCCAUUUUCCAUUUGAGCUGAGGUUGUGUGAAUGUUACUAUGACUUUCCAGAGGGAGGAAGAAGCUGAAAAGAUAUCAUGCAACAAUCAAACUGAAUCAGAAACAAAGGACAAAGAAGAAAGUAGAAUCGACCAUCAAAAUAUAGGCGAAUUGCUAAGUUUAGGCCUAAACAAGGAUGAGCCUGAGCCUCUCACUACAGCUGGAGGAGAUAAUGACCCUCAAUCAAAAGCUGGAAGCAGCAGAGGCAAGAUCUUUUCAUGCAACUUCUGCUUGAGGAAGUUUUACAGUUCACAAGCCUUAGGUGGUCAUCAGAAUGCACACAAGAGAGAAAGAGGAGCUUUUAAAAGAUUCCAUUCACAUAGAAUGAUGAUGACAUCAACAGGCUUUCCUUUCAAUUCUCUUCCUGUUAAAUCAUUGGGUGUUCAACCUCAUUCACUUGUCCACAAACCCAACACAGAAUCCCCAACCAUGGUUGCAAGAUUUCCUCAUGCCAACACAGGGUUUGGAUUUGGGACAACAUGGCCACCCUUGGCACUUGAAGAGCCAAUUAUUUGGCCUGGAAGUUUUCGUGUUCAUAAUUCGCCAAACCCUUCAUCCGAUUUGUGUAAACUCGACUUAAAUCUUCGCUUAUGAUAAUUUAUUAUACUAUUUCUAUCUGG